CCUGGCAGGGAGGUUAUCGUGACUUUUUGGGUUUUGGCCGAACGAAUUCCAUAUUCUCGCUCGGAGAAUUUGGCCGGCCUUCAGUUUCUCAGAUGACGCGGGCGGUUCUCGGUCUCGUCCUCUUCGUCGCAAUAUGCGUCGGUGGCGACCCAGAAACUUGCCUUAAGUUGGAAAACGAAGGCCUCCGGCACCUGUCGACCAAGACCCCUUACAGGAUCAUCGCAAACAAAAAAGACUCUCCUGUGGAAUUCAAGGGUUGCACACCAAUUAAAAUUCUUGGAGUUAUUAGACAUGGGACAAGAACACCAGGGAAGAAGGCUACUGAUGAAAUAACGGAAAGGUUGAACAACAUUAAAAAUCAUCUGAGAAAUGAUUUUACACAAGAUAACUCAUCCAGCAAGGAAUCUAACAAAUCGUCAAAAAUACUAUGUGAAGAGGAUUUGAAAAACAUUCAAAGAUGGAAUUUCGUCCUUGAGAGUGAAGGAGAGAAAUUUUUAACACAUGAGGGCGAAGAUGAGAUGAUCGAACUGGCCGAGCGAAUUUCAAAUCGAUUUCCAUCACUUUUGGACAGACACUAUGACAAUGACACUUUUUAUUUUAGGUUUACUGACACGCAAAGGACUCGGGAGAGUGCCAAGUACUUCACGAUGGGCUUAUUCGGGAGAAAGGAGAGUAAGCGUGUUUGGUAUCCAGAUCCAAUCUAUGCUGACCCUGUGCUGAGGUUUUAUAAGCUGUGCAGCAAAUGGAGAACAGCAGUUAAAAAGAAUCCAGCUUCAAAAGAAGAAAUGGAAAAAUUAAAAAACAGCGUUGAAUCGCUGGAAAGCUGCCAAAGGAUUUCAAAGAGGCUAGGGCUCAACUACACCCUCCCGUACAAUGAUGUAUAUCAUAUAUACCUUGCUUGUUCCUUCGAGACAGCGUGGAAUAAGUACAAAAGAUCACCGUGGUGUUCUGUUUUUAACAAAAAAGAUUUCAAGGUCAUUGAGUAUGGGGAAGAGUUGAAAUAUUACUGGAAAGACGGUUACGGUUUUGAUAUCAACCACAAACAGGCCUGCCCGCUGAUACAUGAUAUAUUUUCAAAAUUAAGUGACAGAUUCAAUGCAACUUUCUACUUCACCCAUUCUGGGACAGUACUGAAACUUCUGUCGCACUUAGGCCUGUACAAGGACGAGUUCCAGUUGAUGCAUGACACUGCAUCGAAAAUUAGGUCCAAUCGCAAAUGGAGGGUUUCUUUUAUAGACACUUUUGGGGCAAAUGUUGUCUUCGUUCUUUAUAGGUGCGGGGAUGAGCUAAAAGUCUUGACGAUGCACCAAGAGAGGAUUGUGCAAGUUCCUGGUUGCCCGAAAGGUCUUUGCCCACUUCGGCUCAUGAAGGAAAUACUGGUUGACAGUAUUGAACAUUGUAAUUUUACCAACUUGUGCUCUAUACAAAAGAUUUGAGUUGAAAUUAUGACAGUGGGGUAGUUAUGUCGAUUCACAUAACAAGUAGAUUUAAGAUGUAUUUUAACUAUUUUUGAUUAUUUAUUUUAAUUUUAGAUAAUAAUACAGAUGUGAUAUUUUAAUAUUCAGUGUAUUUAACAGUUUUUAUUUACAUUUUGAUACAAUUAAAUUAUUUUUGAAAUGACCUUGUUUAUUUGAAAGAUUUCUUUUCUCUCAGCAUGAAUUGCAGGGU